CGCCCCCAAGGACCCCGGCCCGGCUCCCCUCCCCUAGGCCCGUUCGAGCGCGCUGCUAGCCGCCAUGAAGGGCCUGUGCUUGGCGCUCCUGGCCGCCCUGCUGUGCUCGGCGCCCGCUUGUGGCCUGUGGUGUCAGGACUGCACACUGACCACCAACUCCAGCCACUGCACCCCGAAGCAGUGCCAGCCCACAGACACCGUCUGCGCCAGCGUCCGCAUCACUGACCCCAGCAGCAGCAGGAAGGACCACUCGGUGAACAAGAUGUGCGCCCUGUCCUGUGACUUUGUGAAGCGGCACUUCUUCUCAGACUAUCUCAUGGGCUUCAUCAACACAGGGGUCCUCAAGGUGGACGUGGACUGCUGCGAGAAGGACUUGUGCAACCAGGCCUCGGCUGUGGGGGGCAGCCCCUGGACCCUGGCCGGGGGCCUGCUCCUCAGCCUGGGGCCCGCCCUCCUCUGGGCUGGGCCCUGAGGUCCCCCCCUCCUGCAGGGCUUGUGAGCGUGCCCCCUGAGCCUGUCUCUGCCCCUCCCCAGCCUGGCAGGGCAGGGGCUGAGGCAGCCAGCACUCGCCCCACCUUCUAUGGCUCUGGCCCCUCCCCCCUAAGAAGCCUCCUCCCUCCACCGGCGCUGAGCGCCCAGCAGCUGGACAGCUCCAGGAAAGAGGGCGGAACUCGCCAGGUGCGGCAGCAGACCCGUAGUCUGGACUGGAUCCGGGUCUGAGGCAGGGCGAGGGCAGGCCAGCCUGGGCGGGAUGCAGGUGGUGGAGGGCUGAGAGUUUGGGCAGGGACCAGGGGGCCCGCGGUGUACAGCCAACCAGAGUCUUAGCCUGGUCCGGUUUGGGGGCACCUGGGGGUGAGGGGGAUUGAAGUCAGCAAGAUUCUUUGGGAGCAGUCUGGAAGGGGGAGGCGGUACAACUGUAUGAGCUUACUGGAUACCCUGACAGGCUCAGACAUACACUAGCACACACACAAUGUAUACACCCCCAGCAUAGUGUACAUAUACACACAGUAUACACACUCAGUACACACACAGCACAAACUGCACGCAUAGUGCAUACACACAGUGUACUCAUAUAUACACCCCAGGAUAUGCACAUCCCCAGCAUAGUGUAUAUACACAGUGCACACACACAGUACGCACACACACAGCACAGUGUACCAGCAACACACAGUGUAUACACACCUGUAGGGUAUACACAUCCCCAGCAUAGUGUACAUACACACAGUGCGCACACACACAGCACAGUGUACCUGCACACACACACAGUGCAUACACACACACAGAGCACUGCCAAUUCACAAUAUACAGCAUACAGUGCAUCCCUCCCAGGGCAUUCACACCCCCAGCACAGUGUACACACACACACACACACACACACACACA